AUGGGUGUCUGCGCAUCAUGCUUGGGUGGCCAACCACGGGAUCCUGUCGAUCAGGACGACGAGGUGGAAUCCGGGCCACUCCUCUUCAGUGUCCCGAACGGGAUGCACUACGGCAGCUUUGCGGAGCCACAAAUGGCAAUGGCGCCGCACAGCGACUCUUUAGAUGCUCAGCGGGAAACUGAGGCUCUGCAGCGGGUUGUCGCCCGAACGUCGGAUAAAAUGAUUGACGUCUAUUCAGCCCCCAACGCGGAUCGGCGGCAUAAGCAUGGCGGUGUGCGAGACCGUCAGGCGCAAUACCAGUCCCUGCUCUACAGGGUCGGCAGCGACGAGACUUGGGCUACUGACGAUGGCUCGCUCUCAACAGACGAGGAGGACGAUGCGCAAUCGCACGGGGAAUUCACACACAUCACGGUCGACCCCAGAAGGAAACUGGUCGGCAGCUUCAGGGAAGCGGCUGCGGCGAUGGCAUGA